AAGAGGCGUAUUGCCGGGAAUUCGCAAUGGAAGUGUACACAGAGGAACAGCGGAGAUUUUAGAAGCGUGAGAGCUGUUAUAAUGAGGCCAGCAGGAGACAGACAGCAGUCCUCCAGGAUGUUUCGGGCUCCUGAUCCCUCACAGGACAUGAAAAGAGAGACUUCAGAUGGAGAGACCUUUGAAGUGUCAGAAGUCUGUGUGAAGAAAGAGGAGACGCUGGAGCUGAACAUCUACAACCAUGGAGACGACCUCGACAACCCACCUGAAGUUUUCUCCACUAAAGAGGAAGAUCCUGAAAAUAAAGAACACCUCUCAAUAAACAACACCAUGCUGCAAGUCUUUUCCUGCUCCACAUGUCCUUGUUCCUAUGCAUCUCAAACUUAUCUCCACACACACAUCCAGAGAUGCCACUAUGAAGAGUAUGUGAGACUUCGGGAAUCAGGAGAGAUUAAAUGUGAGCUUCAGAUCCCCUCCGAAGGCUCCAGUCAUCAGCCAACAUCAUCUGAUUCUCUCAAUUCUGACACUUCUCACAAUGAUGUACGGAAGGAAAUUCACCACUGCUCAGACUGUGGAAAGAGCUUUGGUCAUCAGAAUGCACUCAAAACGCACCAGAGGAUUCACACAGGAGAGAAGCCACAUCACUGCUCACAAUGUGGAAAGAGUUUUCCUUAUCGCAGUACUCUCCAAUCACACCAGCGCCUUCACACAGGAGAGAAGCCGCAUCUCUGCUCACAGUGUGGAAAGGGUUUUACGACGCAGAGUCAUCUCAAACAACACCAGCGCAUUCACACAGGAGAGAAGCCGUAUCACUGCUCACAGUGUGGACAGAGUUUUACCCGCCAGUGUCUUCUCCAACAGCACCAGUGGAUUCACACAGGACAGAAGCCGUAUCACUGCUCACAGUGUGGAAAGAGUUUUACAAACCAGAGUAAUCUCCGAUUACACCAGCACAUUCACACAGGACAGAAGCCAUAUCACUGCUUACAGUGUGGAAAAAGUUUUACUCGUCGCAACGAUCACCAGCGACACCAGCAAAUUCACACAGGAGAGAAGCCACAUCACUGCUCACAGUGUGGGAAGAGUUUUACAACGCAGAGUCGUCUCCAAGAACACCAGUGGAUUCACACAGGAGAGAAGCCGUAUCACUGUACACAGUGUGGAAAGAGUUUUACGACGCAGAGUCAUCUGCAAGAACACCAGCAGAUUCACACAGGAGAGAAGCCACAUCACUGCUCACAGUGUGGAAGGAGUUUUACUCGUCAGAGUUCUCUCCAAUUACACCAGCGCCUUCACACAGGAGAGAAGCCGUAUCACUGCUCACAGUGUGAAAAGCGUUUUAUUCGUCUUAUUGAUCUCCAGCAACACCAGUGGAUUCACACAGGAGAAAAGCCGUAUCACUGCUCACAGUGUGGAAAGAGUUUUCCUUAUCAUAGUACUCUCCAAUCACACCAGCGCCUUCACACAGGAGAGAAGCCGUAUCACUGCUUACAGUGUGGAAAGAAUUUUAUUCGUCGUCUUGAUCUCCAGCGUCACCAGUGGAUUCACACAGGAGAGAAGCCGUAUCACUGCUCACAGUGUGGAAAAAGUUUUACUCGUCGCAGCAAUCACCAGCGACAUCAGCGCAUUCACACAGGAGAGAAGCCAUAUCGCUGCUCACAGUGUGGAAAGAGUUUUACUCAACAUUGUCUUCUCCAGCAACACCAGUGGAUUCACACAGGACAGAAGCCGUAUCACUGCUCACAGUGUGGAAAGAGUUUUACAACGCAGAGUAAUCUCCGAUUACACCAGCGCAUUCACACAGGAGAGAAGCCGUAUCACUGCUCACAGUGUGGAAAGACAUUUAUGUAUUCAGUUAGACUUAAGAUCCACAAAUGCACAUAUUGAAAUGGAAAGUUAAAGUGGAUAUCUCUCUAAGCAACCAAACUAGUUAGCUUGUAAGUUAUGUCUCGUUGAUUAAAUCGCUAAUGUAAAUUUAUAGAAAUUUAAAUUACUUGACUCAAGGAUUGACAAAGAUGCAUCUGAUGUUUUACAUUUAUAUGACGAUGCAGGCUAUUUCUUUGAUCCGGUUUCAGUUGUUAAAAAGUGAAUAAAAUCAUACAGUAUGGCAAGCUACUUGCGGGUUCCUGUAAGAUACCUGCAGGAAUAUCUAUAUCAACAAUGACGGGUGCACCAAAACACUUCAGUUUUUUGUGUUUAUGCAAUGACAGUUGUCCUUGUUCUUUCCAUAACCAUACAGUCAUGCUUGAAAAUUUGUGAACCCUUUAGAAAUUUCUAUAU